AUGCUAGCCUUUAGUUUAAACGCAACAACAAAUAUGUGCAGUAGUAGUAGGAAAUAUACACACAGCAGCCACAGCAAUGGCAGCAAGCAAUUGCUAUUGCUAAUCAUGGCAUUGGCUGCUCUCGUCAUGCCACUGGCCCAGGCCAGGCAUCUGCACGAUCAGGUGGCCCUGGACUAUGCCUACGACGAGGAUUCCUCAAGCUCAUCAUCAUCAUCGUCAUCAGCAGUGGAUGUGGGCAGCAGAUUACCUCAAUGGCAUGCGGAUCCAUUUCAUGGCCUGGCCGAAUCCUUUGCCAGCGAGGGUAGCUACGAUAGCUCCUAUGAUCUGAGUCUGAGUGAGAGCAGCUAUGAGGAGAUUACCCAGGCGGCUCUUAGGGCAGCGCGUCGUGAAUUUCGUCGACAGAGGACACGACAUGCGCGUAGCAACAAUUUGAGAUGGUUUACCAAAUCCACCGAGACACCCGAAUGGGAGAAUCCCUGCGGUGGCUCCUACGAGAAGGAUGCCCAAUCCGAACAGGAGAGGGAUUCCAGCCAACAGGGGCGUGUGAUUAAGAAGAAGUAUUUGAUCCACUUGCGUAAUAGUACAAUGCGGGAAUACCAAUUCGUACGCGACAAUGCCAAAUUGGAGUACUCAAGAUAUCAUCAUCGCCAGCAUGAGUACGAGUUCCUGCCAAACAUGACGCGUCCCACAAGUGAGGUGAAGCUAAAGAAGUGGUAUCGUCACAUGCAGACCUUUGUGGGUGGUUUCGCCUAUUUGGGUCGCGCCGAAUACAAAUACCGCAAGGGACAUCAACAAAACCUGGGACCCAUCACAGUCGAGCUACACGAAUUGCUUGUGAGUGCCAGGAACAUGCUAUGCGAACUGGAGACCACCAUCAAUGCCUCCUAUCCGAACAGUAAUGGGGCCAAGUUGACCCAAAUCAGCAGGGAGACCAUGAUGGACAGAUUGAAGUUUCACACCAAGCCCGAUGGCAGUCAGGAGGCCAGUGAGCGGGAUUUGAGAAUGAGCAAAGAUAUGUAUUUGCAAUAUCUGGACAAUAUAUGGAAGAGUUUACGCAAAGCCCUGCGCAAACAGCAGCUCAAGAAUAGCAUGGAGAGAAGGCAUCAUCAUGCCGCGGCAGCAGCAGCAUCAGCAACAGGAGGAGCAUCUGCCUCAGUCUCUGCGUUAGUAAAUGUUAACACGGACAGUGCAGAGAGCGGCGGUGGGGUCAGCAAUCUGAGUGGUUCGUCAGAGUCUUGAACCCAGUCCCAGUUCCAACCAAGUAUUUGCCUAUUCCCAAAUUGCUUCAAUCCGUUUGCCUCUCUAGUAUUAUGAUGCCCAGUUCCUAUGACCGACACUCCCUCUCUCAGCACGGAUUUCCCUUCCCCCCACCAACAAAAAAACACACCCCCGCCAAAGAAUACAAAUGCAAAACAUAAGAAUUUUUGUCGAAUUGCCAUUUAUCUAGUAUUUAUUUUAGUAUUCUUUUCAUGACUAUCAACAUAUAUUUAUUUCCAUCUAUAGUAUUUUAGUAUUAUCAUAUAUUUGUCACAUUCCUUAAUUUAUGAAAUUUCAUCUACCCCUUUCCCCCUUCCAUCCUAACCAUCCGUUAUACAUUGUGCAUCUCUCUAAUCACAUCCCAAAUCGCAUUCAAGCUUUGCCUUGCCUAAAUUAUUAUCACUAAUUAUUAGUAAU